AUGCCACAUAACAAAAUUCAUUUCUUUAUCGUUGGAGCAAGUGUUGAAGAUUAUUCUAAGUACAUCAACCACCAGUCUGACAGAGUAGGAGAUGCAAUUUGCCUUGCUGAAGGUGAUGAAAGUUUACUCAUCGCAUUCACCAAUGUUGCAGAUGGAUGGAACAACAUCAUUCAAUCAAAAAGGCCAGCAUAA